UUUAACUUUUGAAGAUUAUUUGAAAAGCAAUUUAUUUUUAUCUAUAUUUAUUCUAUAUGUCUAUCCUUAUUCACUAUUUGGUUAUUCUUUAUUUCCUUACGUUUAUGGUUUUUCAAAUUUAAUCAUAAUUUAUCAUUUUUAACUUAAGGUUUAUAGUAACACUUUAAUAGUAGACAUAACAGAACACUUUGAUUGGAAUUAUGUCUAUUAAAAUGUCUGAUAAUGAUUCACUAAAUGUUGGUAAUACAUAUAAAGUGGCAAACAAUGGUCAGCUUAUUAAACUAGAUUCAAAUAUUCUUGGUGCACAAACCUUGAUCGUAACUGAUGAUGAUGGAUCUCUUGAGUCUGUUGAUGAACAACCAACUGCUGCUGUCAUAGAAAAUGGCAACGUAACUGGAAUUGUUAUGAGCAAAACCAACGACACAAACAUUACACAAUAUGAGCUAAGACCAAACAAUAAUGCUACUCAAUUUUUUGUUGUACAACCGAUUAAUGAUUUAUUUACAACUACAACAACUGUUAAAAGACCAAUUGUACCACUCAAUAGUGAAGUGUCCAGAAAACGAGUAGAUCGUACGGUUGUGACAAGGGACGCUAAAAGACGACUGACACAUAACGAAGUAGAACGUCGAAGACGUGAUAAAAUAAAUCAAUGGAUAAUGUAUAUGAGCAAAAUUAUACCAGAUUGUGCUGAAGAAAACAAAACUAAUUAUGAUAACCAGAGCAAAGGAGGAAUUCUAGCUAAAGCAUGCGAUUAUAUAAAUGAAUUAAAAUCAACUAAUCAAAGAUUGAUGGAUUGUGUGAAACAAAUGGAGGCUGUUAAUAGGCAUAAUGAUGAACUAAGAAUGGAAAAUGAAGAAUUGAGAGGAAUCGUAUCACAACAUGGAUUGUUAUCUGAAAGUUUUGUUUCUAGAGAUGGUGACUCGUCAUGAGAAUUAUGAGAAGUUGUAAAUUAUGUUAAACUGAUUUAAACUUCAUCUUUUUUACUAUAUUUAAAAUUUUUGUUAUACCGAAAAGACCAAUGUUCUACUAUCUAUGUUUAAAAUGUUAAAUAUUUUCCAUAAUGUUAAAAUACAUAAGGGCUAUUUUUAAUACUAAAUAUAAUAUUGUAUUAUUAAUAGCUGAUUCUUGAUAUAUUUUAUUCAGUCCAUAAAAGUUAGAUAAAUGUAUCUAUAAUUUAAGAUCAAAUGCUAAAAACAAAAAAUGUUGUAGUUAAUAAGUAAUUUAUUAUUAAUGAUUAUUAUACUUACUGACUACCAUAACUCGUACUUAACUUCUAUUACAUAUUUAAUUCAAUAUUUAACUGUAAAUUAUUAUAUUAAGUAUAGAAUAUAAUAUUAAAAUUUAAAAGUGUGUCUGUAUUGAACUAAAUUUUAGAUUUCUGUUUGAGUUUAAAAAUUCAGCUUGAGUGUUCACUUCUAAACUGAACCUAAGUAGAGAUAAAGAAUAUAAAUUAAAUUAAAAUAAUACCUCAAAUAUUUUUAAUCUUGGAAAGAUCAAGGAAACUUAAAUAGUUAUCUGAAGAUAAAUAUUGUGUGUUAAUUUAACUAUUUAAUAAAAUACAAUUUAUAUUUUAAUUAAAUAAAAACAUACUCAAAAUCAUACAGAAAGAAAAUAUCAGAACACAUUUAAAGUCUAUUAAUAGUCAAUAAAACUAUACAAGGUAAUUUUUUAACUAAAAAAUACUCAUUAUCUUAUUUUAUAUUUUUUUACUUAAAAAUUAAUAUGAUAAAAAAAUUGUUUGCAGCGGUUAUAGGAACUUAAAAUAUUUUUUUUAUUGAGAGUCAAUUUAUAAAACAACAUACCUUGUAUUGAUUUAUUGGCUAUUCUUACAUUUUUAAUUUUGUUUUAUAGUUUAGGUUUUUGAAAUCACUUUGUUACAAAAUGUACUCUUUAUAUCAUUAAACAAUUUCUAAAACUGGGGGGACGGAGUGGCCGAGCGAACUAAGGCGUCGGCUGCGACGCAGCCGACCCGACUUCGAUACCUUGGCCGCGGGCGGCAUUUUUCUUCGGGCAAGUCACGGUGUCCGGAGAACAAGUGCCGCCAUCCCCCCACCCGGGGCAUGGCAGAAACCUACGGGUGCCCCAUUAGAAAUUCUGCCAAAAACACACACGUGUACCAACCUACCCAAUUUAAAAACCUACAGUGCCCUCCCCCAUACCCAAUGGCCUAUGUUGCCGAGGGUUACCCAAUAAAAAAAAAAAAAUUUCUAAAACUGUUUCAUUUAUGAUAUAUUUACAGUUCUCCGGAGCUAUUUUUAUUUUUUACUGCAUAAUAAAUGAAAAUGUAUAUUAUUUUAAAAUAGUCUUCAUAUUGUCAAAUAUUAAAUUUAUGUAUAAGGGUUAUUGUUUUUUUUUCUAGUGUCAAUUAUGGCAAGUUUAUUGUUUUGUGUUUUUGUUAUGUAGUUUCUAAUUAUGUAUAAAAAAAAUGUUGAAUGGAAUUAAAUUUGGUUUUUUUGUAAAUAUUAA